GUACAUAUAUGGCGACGAUACAUUUUUGAAAUUUUUUUGCCCUAAGGCUAUUUCCAAGAACUUUCAACCGUGAAAAAAAAAAAAGUUUGAAUAAAAGAAAAAACAAAAAGGAAACACGGUUUUUUAGUUCGGCCGGUAAAUCGUCAGCUGGCCGAGUAAAUAUGCGAAGCCCAAUUAGGCAAAUUCACCUCCCUGUCAGCACGCUUUCCGAGAUGCGAAACGCACUUCCCUCUUCCCACUCCCCACCACCAUGACCUACCAACCGUCGUUAAAAAGUCUCCACCCCCCCUUCUCUCUAACCAUUUACCUCCACCGCGUUUCACCAACGCCAAAUUUUUUUUUUUACCGUGGGGGCGGGGCUCUUUCCUUUUCCGAUCCGGCUCGGUCUACUACUGUAACCGAGUCGAGUCGGAGGAAUGAAGCCUCCGACCUCGCCUCCUGUUGGUGGCGUCCUAGCCGAGCCGUUUCACCUGCUCGAGCUCAACAUCAUCUCCGCUCAGGACCUGCAGCCCGUGAGCCGCUCGAUGUCGACGUACGCCGUGGCCUGGAUCCAGCCGCAGCGGAGGCUCUGCACCCGCGUCGACUCGGGAAACCACGUCGAUCCGCAGUGGAACGACAAGUUCGUGUUCCGAGUCGACGAGUGGUUCCUCCGGAACGAGACAUCGGCGGUGAUGGUUGAGAUCUACUGCGUAGGGUGGCUCCGGGACACCCUCGUCGGCUCCGUCAGGAUGCUGAUCGGGAACCUCCUCCCGAAGAAGGGCGGGGGCGGCCUCGGGAGCGGAUUCGGCGGGAUGCGGUUCACCGCACUGCAGGUGCGACGGCCGUCCGGCCGGCCGCAGGGGAUCCUCAACCUCGGGGUGACGGUGCUCGACGCGACGCUCCGGAGCAUGCCGCUCUACGCACAGCUGAAUCCCGCGAUCGGGUACAGGGAACUCAUGGGGAAGAAUUUCGGGCGGGUUAGACGGUCGAAAAGCGUAUCGGUUCUGUCGGAGGCGGAGAAGGUGAUCGCCAUGGAAGGAUCGGAGGUGACGAUGGCGGAGAAGGCGUCGUCGGUGGACGGUGCGUCGAUCGUGGGAGCGGGGGAGGAGUUCUUUCUGGCGGAGGUGGAGGACUCGGUCCUGGAGGACUGGAAUGUCGCGAGUAGCGCGGGGAAGGAGGAGGUCGGGGAGAAGCUGGAGAAGUGGCGGAGCGAGUUUCCGCCGGUGCUAGAACACAGUAGCGGAGGAUUGGAAUGGUCGUCGUUCCGGCACCAGGUGACGGACAGGAGGACGACGUCCCGCGGGGCACAGGAGUCGAUGGGGGGGAAUGGCUGGAACGGUACCGGUGGGCUGAGGUCAUGUUUCGGGGAAAAGAUCACCGCUGCGUGCGAAUGCUCGGUCUCGUGUGGAACGAGCACGCGGAAGAAGGCCUCGGGAGGGGUGGAACAAAGAACCAGCUGAGGCUGAGCCCUCCAACCCUCGGUCUCGUCGUCAUAUUACUCAACACAUCGUCAACAACCGAGGGGAGGCACCACGUCCAUCUACUUUCCGGCUGUCGACGCUCUCAUUCUUUUUUGCUUUUUCUAUUUUUUUCACUGUGAUAUACAUUUGCUGAGCCGUCGGAAAGAUUCAAGUUUUUUUCUCCCAUGGAAACGCCUCUCUCGUGCGCAAAUGCAUCAUCCUUUCAGUAAUGGAAGGAAAGCAGGAGUUCCUCUCUGUGUUUACUGUUAAGAAUUUUGUUCUUUUCAAUAAGAGGGUAGGAAAAAUAUUAGUCGUGCCCACA